CCCACACUUCAAGUUCCAGAAAAAGAAUGAAACUGCAGCAGAUUGUGCCGAGCCUCAAUCUCAGCUCAGAAUGUAGUGUGAAUAAGAUGAUGCACAUGGAACUUUGAAGGAACAAGAGAGACCUUGUUAUCUUGAGAGAAGAUGAGUAGCUGUUCAGAUGAUGAAUUCUGGGAUGAACUCCUGCGACACUGCUCCAAAUGUCUGCACUGUGGGCGAAACUGGCACGUGUGCAAGUCCCCCUGUGAGAUUUGGAAAUGCAAUAAUACCCCAGGAUUCUAUUGGGACAGACUGUUACGCAAAUGUAUCAAAUGUGCAGAUGUGUGUGGCCAACACCCUCAACAAUGCUCAGAAAUUUGCAAUGAGAUCACAAGCUCAAAUCAGGACUCCCCAGCUAGUUUGAAAAACUGCCUACCCCAUGAAGACCACUUUAAUAUCCUCAUCUUCGUGUUCCUGGCAGCAAGUCUCUGCAUUGUUACAUGUUUAUUUCUGAUACUGCUGGUUUACACUGUCAAAAGAAGAAAUAUUUUCACAUGUGACACCACUGCUUCCAGCCACAAGACUGGUCCCCUCUCAGAAGACGGGGCCAACUCCUUUUCUUCAGACAGACUGCUGCAACGGGGCGUUGAAAGAGACGAUCAGAAUCAAAGCAUCUCCUCCGAUCCAUCAUCUGAACCAUCGGAAACUUGCAGCUACUGCUUCUCGGAGCAGAGGAUCGGCAGGAAAGAACGAAAGCUGCCGUCAAACCUGUCAACGUCCCAUCAGUGCAUCCAGAUAGCACCUGCAGCCGACACACGAGCUCUGCCCUCUGCCACAGUCCCCCAAAACAAGCCGUUUCAGAUCAUCUGUUCUCCCUCCCAACCCAGCACAAAAGAAAUAGAGAGCUUCCUGGAGAAGUGCCACAUUAAGUAUUGA